AUGGCUCCUAAUACGAAUAAGCCUGCAAAGGUAAAGCAGGAGAAGGCCCCCGGCGGCAGGGGUCGUGGCAGGGGGCGUGGCGGUGGGGUCGUAGCGGCGGUGAUAGAUGAGCAGGCCACUCCUGCUGCAGGGAUCCUGGAAGGGUCCGUGAACAGCCAGCACCUGACGCGUGUCUUGGAUGCCCUCACGGCGAUCAAGGAGAACUCGGUUCUUUGUGAUGUGAAGGACCAGGCACCGCUGGCCAUCACCGCGUCGCAGGCAUCCUCCACCAUUGCUCCGUACGACCCGCAGCUUCCCAAGCAAGCCCGGGAGGCCAAAGGUAGCUACACCUGCGGCGCCAACUUGCUCUGGAUCGACCUGCUAGUAUCCAUCACCCCCCACGUGCCAGUGAACGAGGCGUCAAUUCAGAAAGGCAUGGACAAGUAUUUUCCUUCGCCGGACAUCAACUGGGAGCUGGGCAAGGUUGUGAUUGGCAUUCUCCCUGCGCAGCUGGAUGUCUUAGCUGAAGGGAAGACUGCCCCCACGGGUCUCCGGCUGCCUUCGCCGGAGGAAUACCUCCACUCCUUCGUCCUAAAGGUGGCGGACAGAGUCCGAGCAGCCGCGUCUAUGGGUGAGCUCAAGUCCUGGGCCAAUUUGAUGCUGUCACUCCCAGUGACAUUUCAGCUUGCGGCUGGCCAAGAAAAACUUUACUUUUCUGGAAUCAGCAUCCGUGAAAACUAUGGGACAGGGUUCGACCUGCUGUUUCGCAGCACUGUCCAGCGCAUAUAUGAAUUGGCCAUCUACAGAGAUUCCCAGACCACCAAGAUGACGUACAAAGAAGUGGCUCAGAAGUGGAAAUCCUCCGUGACCUUCAGCACAAUCACAGAAGAAGGUGAUGCAAAGGAUUGGUCCUCUUUUGUUGAGGUGGCUUUGUCCGUCUAUGACAGGUGCCUGAAGCGUCCUGUGGUUCAGCGUCUCAUCCUUGAUGCGGAAGAGAAGUGGGGAAAGCAGACCCCCUGGGAUUCCGUUUACAAGCUGGACACAUUGGUGUCCAAGUGUGGCAAGCCAUGUGGACGAGCUGACACAGCAGGCCCUUUGGAUCGGAUGGCAUGGGUCAUCAGGUGCGUCCAUGAUUUCCUUGACUCGGAGCAGCUCCAGCGAACUGCUCUAAGUGUUCGCAAUCUUUCAGGCAAAGGGCUCUUUGGCCACAAGGGCACAGCCGAUCUUUUGGUGUACAAGUAUGGUCUUGGGGUCUACAUCAAAGAUUACCUUGAGGGGUCAGUGCUGGAUGCGACACAGAAGGCUGAGAUCCGCAAGGUGUUUCGGGACCACGAAACCUACAGGGCCGCCUUCGGCAGCCCUGGUUAUAUGGCUGAGCAUGAUUUGUCCUGGAUGGGUGCGCUGUGCCAGCCGGCCAGAUCGGCCUGCACUGUCCUCAAACAGCUGGUCUACACGACGGAGCACGAUGCCAAGAUCAAGCGCAUGAUGACUUCUGGAGCGCUCGUGGCGGACUGGCUGGAUCACGAGGAGGAAGUCAAGGUGGUUGCCUCGCCCCAGCAGCAGAUGCAGGAUUCCAUUGUCAACACCUUGAAGAGGACUGCGGACGGCAGUGGGAAUAAUGACUCCACCGAGAGCCUGGUGAGGUCAUUGCCCGAGACGGAUCUCGUGCGUGUCAUGGACUCCAUAUCCGAAGCCAAGAGGUCUGCGCGGCAAUUCAUCAAGCUCUUUGUGGAUGAGGAGCGAACUGAGGGCGUGAUGGCCGCGCUGAAUGAGUCUGCGCUGUCCAGAAUGGCGAAGUCUGAGUUCCUCAUGGUGAAUUAUGAUGUCAAAAACAGUGGGGAACCGGUGACCGCCCCGCACAUCAGGGUGGCCCCUCUGAAGGUCGACUUGCUUAGGCGAUGCAUCCAACGCACCUGCAAGUUCAUGGACAGUCCCGACGCCAUGCCUGAGAACGUCCUGUUCACAGUGUUCGAUGGAGGAAAGACGGGGAACCAGACUCAGAUCAUGAACCAGUUCGCUGCCAGCGACAAGUCCAGCAUGCCCAAGACUGCCCGGAGCCUCCACCUCUGCUACGAGGAAAACUCUGUCGUUGCACGGAUGGAGCGGUAUCGGGCCAAUACGUCUUUGCAGCAGCUGGAGAUUGUGCAUAUCGUUCACAACUGCGGGGUCGUUCCCCCUGGAACGAAGAAGCGCCGCAACAGGGCCUACUAUGCCGGAACGUCCCACGGGCAAGUGAUUCAGAACAUUGUCCUGCCUUCAGAUGCAGAUGUCUGGACAGCCAGCUUCGCUUCGAAGAAGGAGAUGUACGACAAGCUGCGUGUGGACGUUGGAGGCCCAACGGCAGGGGGCGAGAAUCUGACGAAGCGCACAGAUGACUCGAUAGAGCCAUUUUGUUUCCACUCUAUGCCUCUGAGUGUGUACAAGGAGCUCCUGGAGGUUGACCUGAGGCCUCAGGCAAUUCUAGACUGGACAGCAGGCGAUGGACAGCUGGCGUGGGGGGGGGCUCAUUUGGCAGAGCUCUUGUCCAGCACGGCUGCUGGAGCAGCAGUGCCUGCAGCUACUGGUCGUGCUAGUGGCCGCGGCCGAGGGCGUGGCAGAGGGACCCCUGCCGCCUUGAUGCAGAAGAUUCAGGAGUUACGCCGCUCCCAGGGCAAUGCAGCGGACAGUGGUGAGGCUGAGCCCCCCGCCGCCCAAGAGUGA